GAAAAGCUCGGGCUCGCGCACGACAGGGAGCCGAGAGGAUUACAGAGAAGGCGAAGGUGAGGAGAAGGCGAGGAAGAAACAACAAAAAGAAGAGGAAAGAAGGAAGGAGGGGGACUUGACAAGAAAGAAGAGAAAAGGCUCCCACACACAAAGAAGAAUACGACGAAAAGACUAUUUUUUCCACUAAAUUAAAAAGAACAUAAAGCGUAUGAAGGAACCCCCAAAACUAUGACGUUCCGUUACCUGUUCACAGGUGACAAAUUAUUAGAUGUCAGGAUGUGCCGUUAAAAAGCAGGACUUCUACUUUACUCUGAAUCAAGAGAGAGUGGACGAAUGUCAUGGAUCUUUAUAGAAUAGAAAAUAAAAUUAGCUAGCGUUCCAGCCCAUCUCAGGAGCUCUGAGGCGGGUAUAGAAUAAAAGCACCGGGGAAGCUGUCAAAAAGAAUGGAUUUUAAUGCGAUUCGGAAUCUCAUCAGCAGAUAUUGCACUGGCGAAGAGAACUGGGUGGACAGCCGGACAGUGUACAUUGGUCACCGGGAGCCACCGCCUGGCACCGAGGCCUACAUACCCCAGCGCUUCCCUGAUAAUCGUAUCGUCUCGUCCAAGUACACCUUCUGGAACUUUGUACCAAAGAACUUAUUCGAGCAGUUCCGAAGAAUCGCCAACUUCUACUUUCUCAUCAUAUUCCUUGUCCAGCUGAUCAUUGACACCCCCACCAGUCCCAUCACCAGUGGGCUGCCCCUCUUCUUUGUCAUCACUGUCACUGCUAUCAAGCAGGGUUACGAGGACUGGCUUCGGCACAAAGCCGACAAUGCUGUCAAUCAGUGCCCCGUCCACAUCAUCCAGCAUGGCAAGGUGGUGCGCAAGCAGAGCCACAAGCUGCGGGUCGGUGACAUUGUCCUGGUGAAGGAGGAUGAAACGUUCCCCUGUGACCUCAUCCUCCUGUCCACAAGUCGGGAUGACGGCACGUGCUUUGUGACAACAGCCAGUCUGGAUGGAGAAUCAAGUCACAAGACCUACUAUGCUGUGCAGGACACCAAGUCCUUCAACACGGAGCAGGAGCUGGACACGCUGAGAGCGACCAUUGAAUGUGAACAACCACAGCCUGACCUCUACAAAUUCGUGGGACGCAUCAAUAUUUAUCAGGAACGAGAUGAGCCCAUCGCUAGGCCUUUGGGAUCGGAAAACGUUCUUCUUCGUGGAGCAACACUGAAAAACACUGAAUAUGUUUAUGCUGUGGCCAUUUACACUGGUAUGGAGACCAAGAUGGCCCUCAAUUACCAGUCCAAAUCCCAGAAGCGGUCUGCUGUUGAAAAGUCGAUGAAUGCCUUCCUUAUUGUCUACCUGUGCAUCCUACUCAGCAAGGCCCUGAUCAAUACAGUCCUGAAAUAUGUGUGGCAGGCUAAUCCCAACCGGGAUGAGCCCUGGUACAAUGAAAAGACAGAAUCUGAGAGGCAGCGGCACGUGCUGAUCAGAGCUUUCACUGACUUCCUGGCCUUCAUGGUACUUUUCAAUUACAUCAUCCCUGUUUCCAUGUACGUUACUGUGGAGAUGCAGAAGUUUCUGGGGUCCUACUUCAUCACUUGGGAUGAAGAAAUGUUUGAUGAUGAGAUUGGGGAAGGGGCGCUGGUCAACACAUCUGACCUCAAUGAAGAGCUGGGCCAGGUGGAAUAUAUCUUCACUGAUAAGACUGGCACACUGACAGAGAACAACAUGGAGUUCAUUGAAUGCUGCGUGGAUGGCCAUGUCUACGUUCCCCAUGCCAUCUGCAAUGGGCAGAUCCUCCCUGGAGCCUUGGGUAUCGACAUGAUUGAUUCCUCUCCUGGACCUGAUGGCAAGGAGCACGAGGAGCUGUUCUUCCGUGCACUCUGUCUGUGCCACACAGUGCAGGUAAAGGAGGAAGAGACAGUUGACGGCAUCAAGCGAGGCAUCCACCAAGGCAAGGGCACCUCCUUCUACAUCUCCUCUUCACCUGACGAGGUGGCUCUAGUGGAGGGCAUGAAGAGGCUGGGAUUCACCUAUCUGCGGUUGAAAGAUAAUCACAUGGAAAUCCUGAACAGGGAGGAUGAGAUUGAGAGGUUCGAGCUCUUGGAGGUACUCAACUUUGACUCAGUCCGCAGGAGGAUGAGCGUCAUUGUGCGCUCGGGCACAGGGGAGCUGUAUCUAUUCUGCAAAGGGGCAGAUUCCUCCAUCUUCCCCAGGGUAAUCUCAGGGAAAGUGGAGCAGGUCCGGGCGCGAGUUGAGCACAAUGCCGUGGAGGGCUUGAGGACUCUAUGCGUAGCCUACAAGCUGCUGACCUUCGAGGAGUACCAGGAUAUCUGUCAGCUUCUAGAGACUGCCAAGCUGGCCCUGCAGGAGAGGGACAAGAAGCUGGCAGAGGCAUACGAUGCCAUUGAGAGGGACUUCAUCCUGCUUGGGGCCACGGCUGUGGAGGACAGGCUUCAGGACAAGGCCGCAGACACCAUAGAAUCGCUGCACAAGGCCGGGAUGAAGGUGUGGGUGUUGACGGGGGACAAGAUGGAGACCGCGGCGGCUACCUGCUAUGCCAGCAAGCUGUUCCGGCGCAGCACACAGAUCUUGGAGCUGACCACCAAGCGCACGGAGGAGCAGAACCUCCACGACGUGCUCUUUGACCUCAGCAGGACCGUGCUCAGGCAGCAUGGCAGUCUCACACGCGACACCUUCUCGGGGCUCUCCAACGAGUUCCAGGACUACGGGCUCAUUAUCGACGGGGCGACGCUCACAGCAGUGAUGAAACCUGACCAGGAUGGCAGCACAGGGAACUACAAGGAGAUCUUUCUGGAGAUCUGCCGGAACUGCAGCGCUGUGCUGUGCUGUCGAAUGGCACCCCUGCAGAAAGCUCAGAUUGUGAAGCUGAUCAAGUUUUCAAAAGAGCACCCAAUCACACUGGCCAUUGGAGAUGGGGCUAAUGAUGUCAGCAUGAUCCUUGAGGCUCAUGUGGGCAUAGGCAUCAUGGGAAAAGAGGGCCGUCAGGCAGCUAGGAACAGUGACUAUGCAAUCCCAAAAUUCAAACACUUGAAGAAGAUGCUGCUGGUCCACGGACACUACUACUACAUCCGAAUUGCGGAACUGGUGCAGUACUUCUUCUACAAGAAUGUCUGCUUCAUCUUCCCCCAGUUCCUCUACCAGUUCUUCUGUGGUUUCUCACAACAGCCGCUAUACGACACGGCCUAUCUCACACUCUACAACAUCAGCUUCACCUCCCUGCCCAUCCUGCUGUACAGCCUCAUUGAGCAGCACAUCAACAUGGACAUCCUGAAAAGAGACCCUUCUCUGUACAGGGACAUUGCCAAGAACUCCCUCCUCCGCUGGAGAAUCUUUAUCUACUGGACUUUCCUUGGGGUGUUUGAUGCGGUCGUGUUCUUCUUUGGUGCUUAUUUCCUGUUUGACAACACCACCUUCACCAGCAAUGGACAGCUAAUGACCACCAACACACAGAUGAUGUUUGGAAACUGGACUUUUGGGACUCUUGUCUUCACCGUGCUGGUAUUCACAGUCACACUAAAGCUUGCUCUGGACACACACUACUGGACGUGGAUCAACCACUUUGUCAUUUGGGGGUCAUUGCUUUUCUAUGUCGUUUUUUCCCUGCUGUGGGGAGGCAUCAUUUGGCCCUUCCUAAACUACCAGCGCAUGUACUACGUGUUCAUGCAGAUGUUGUCCAGUGGGCCCGCCUGGCUCUGCAUCAUCCUGCUCAUCACAGUAAGCCUGCUGCCCGAUGUGGUGAAGAAGGUCAUGUGCCGGGCCCUGUGGCCCACCACCACUGAGCGCAUCCAGAAUGCGGACAAGCUGUACCAGGGGCACCUGUCGGAGUUCACGCCGCUGUCCUCGCUGCAUGCGUCCCACCACAAGGCCGCCGAUGCCCAUCACCUCAACCCAAGAAGGUCUGAGCACCCUUCCAAAAAGCUCAUGUACACCCACUGGGGAGGUGGUGCCGACUACUGCACCUUUAGCUCCUCCUUUGGACAUCUUGGCCUUCACUCUGCUUACAGCUGGGGGGGCCACGAAACCUCAGUGUAACCCAGGCUUCGCUUACCCUUACCUAUGCCUUUAGAAAAACAAACAAGUAAACAAGCGACCCCUGCAAAGUGGCACCUUUGCAGGUGUCAGUGACUUUAACCUGGGAGCUGAGGAGACCCAUAUGGUUGUGGGAUUGUAGCCCCUGGAUUCCUUCUCUGCUCCUCCAACCCUGUGGUGUGACUGUUGCGUGUGGUCCCACCACACUGUCCAGGACUGCGUGACCUGCUACCCCCGUGAUGCUGCGGUGAGAGCGUGAGCCCUGUGUAACUCCAGUCAUGCCCUGCAGCCUGCCCCUGCCUCCCCUCCUCCCUCCAGGUGAAAUUACUUGAAGCAAAAUCUGGCAUUAGGAGCGUUGCGAUCAACUGUCUGUUUCGUGUAGGCAGAGCAAGAGGAACUGACACCUCUGCAUAUGCACUGAAUGAACAGCCGUGUCCACUUGUUUAACUGACCUUUUUGUCUUUCUUUUCUCUUUUUUUUCCCCCUUUUCCUUUCUGCUGCUUGUAGAACAAACUGGUGUUGCCUUUGUGCAAAUCUUUUGUCAAGAAACACUCCGUAGGACUGUGUUUUACCUUCUUUCAUUGUAAGUCAUUGUAAAAGUAGACCAAGCUAGACUGGUCCCCGUAGACACUGGUGUGUGUGUCUGUGAUAGAGAGAGAGAGAGAGAGAGAGAGAGAGAGACACAGACCCUGUCUAGAAACCUGCUGUAACUGGGUUGUCACGUUGCGGGUGUCACUUGGCCCAGUCCGACACAGAUAUGGUAAAAAUGUAACACACAGUUAUGUGUAAAAUUCCAAAUGUUAGCUCCCUGUCAACGAUAAUCCUUUAUUUUGUUGCUGUAACAUCCAUUUUGGACCCAAGUUUGUCAAGAAAUUACUGCACACUUAUAGGGUUGUUAAGCGCUUUGUGGCUGCAAAAGGAGGUUGUCAUUACACCUAUGUGUUUUUUUUAAGGUCACCCAACAUACACUAUUAUACAUGCAACCCUGUAACUGUUUAUCUAUUUCCUGUCUCCUAAGAGUCAGAAGGUUACCAUGUAAACACAGCUGUAGGUCUGGAAGCUCUAGAGCUGUUUGUCACCUGUCGCCAUGGCAGCCAGUUUACAGUAUUUGUGUGUGACGUGCUGCUUUGUGCUGCUGCUCUUGUGUCAUCCCCAUGUCCACGUCACGCUGAAUGUCACAUGUGUAGUCCAGCCUUGUGGUGUUGUAGAAGCCUAGUACUUGUGUCCGAAAACUAUUACUCUGCCUUAAUACUACAGUGUUUCCUUUCUGUUACACAGUAGUCCCUCAGCCAAAGGAUGAGGAAAAGUACACACACGUUUCGUGUCGUUGCCUUACGGUGGGGCCUUUGGGGAGAAACAGGCUUUUUGAAGAAUUGUAAGCUCUAGCCAUCCUGCCUUAAAAUAACUGCACCUCCAUCAGCAGGUGGGGCAUGUGUGUGUCAGGUUGGGCUGAACUGCAGCCAAGGUGGGGACCACAAAGCGCUCGGUUUCUGUGUUCACUUUUUUGCGCUGUUAUGGCCAAUGUGACUGCCUGUCACUCGGUACUUCACGUCCUGUUUUGUCCGUUGCUGCUGUGCUCAUGCUGCGCUCUGUGUUUUCGGCCAAAAAGGAUCACCUGUUACGUGUCACUGACGUCUUCGUUUGUCAUCGUCAUUUGUCCUCAGUCCUGAUUUUUUUUUUUCUCAUGCAGCAUUGAUAUUGUUAUAUUUAUCGUCAUGUUUUGUGUGUAACAGAUUAGCUGUGGGGAUUAAUCGUGAGAGAAAUACUAUUUUUAAUGUGUAAAUAUGUACACUGUACCCUACCUGUAUGUACAAGGGGCAUCUCAUGCUCUUCAAAGUGCGACCUGAGACACGAGCUCCUGUUUCACCUUUCUGUUCGUCUCCAUCCCUCCUGAUGAUUUGCUUUCAUUUUUCUCUUUUUCGUCCUGCUUGUGUAGCCAUGUCUUGAGGAUCUGUGCUCUCGGUGGCCAUCCUGUCCUCCUCCUGUUCACAACCUCCUUUCCUCACCGCAGUCCACCUGCCACACGCGCCCCCUUGUGGCCAGAAGGGACAUAACGCACACCUGGUUGUGGCCAGGCGCUGUCUUGCUCACUCAUGCCCUCUUGUGGCGCAACACUGUUCCUGCACAUAAAAACAGAAUGUAUCGCAGGGUCAGCAGCAGACAGGUGGCAACACUUUGAAGACCAACUUUUUUCCCCUCAGUAUACAAAUUAAUAGUUGCUUGAUGUUUGCCAAUUGCCUUCAGAUGAAAUUUUAAUUGUGCUCUCUUUGGUAAGAUGUUUUAUUUUUAAAACAGGCAUCUAGAAUGGUGGGGGAUAAACUGAAGUUUUUCAAAUCUUUAUUUUAAGCUGUCAUAAUUUGAUAAACUUGAAAGUGCUUAAUACAUAAACAUGUUUAGUAAGUCAUUAAGUGUAAAGGCAACUUCAAUAUUAAAGAAUGUGAGAGUAAAGAAAUGUUAUUGCCCUCUGGGGGUGUUUGGCUCAGAGGUGAGACUAGGAGUCUUUUCAAUUUAUACGGAAUUUUAAAUCAAAAGGCACUGACGUGUCACAAAAUCAUAAAACAUGAGCUUGUCCACUAUUUAUUUGUUCUGUGAGGGCAAGAAAAAUAAAAUGUAUAUAAGUUAUGUCACACUGAAUCAGUGAAAGAUGAACUUUCACACAGGUCCAAAGCUGCUGUUGUGUCUUUGUCUGAAUGUGUCCUGACUGCUGGUUUGGCCACACUUGCUGGGAUUGUUACUUAGUGCACAUCCUGCAUUGCUGUGCUUAACUGCCCUCACUGAGCUGAAUCCACCUUCUUGGGAAAGAACGUCAUUGUUUUUGGCACAAAAGGUUUGUUUUGGGCUACCUCAGGUGCUUUCUUGUGUCACACAUGACAUGAAACAUAAUUUCCUGUAAUUUACCGAAGCUGUGAGGUACAUUUUAUUCAGGGAAGUCGGCAGGAUAUGGAUGCCAAACCAAAGAGUCCCCCUUUUUAGAUAUUUUCAUGGCUUACAAGAGAAAAUCUCGAACGAAGUGUGCGGAGAUCACUAAAGUGCAGAAUUAUCCGUAGAAGUAAAAUUUGAUUUGAUCCUCCCAAGUUCUACUUUCCAUAUCCUGGAGCGUUCCCUGGCUGAAAGUACUGUGUGGCUUGAAAAGGACUUUGAUGGUGUGCACUGUCUGUUUUCAGUGUUGCUGAACACAAACUGUAACUCUGAAUGUACUACCCUUUUGGUCUGUAGUCGAGCAAAAGCAACUGCAACAUGAUGUCAUUUUGAACAAAUAGUGCAUUUACAAAUGACUGUAUUCUUUUUCACACUUAACAGCAUCACUUUUGCUAUUUGUAACAUUUUGGACAGACAUCUAUAUACAGAGCACCUGCAAAAAGCAUAACUGCAAGAUCACCAAAUGCUAACUAGUUGUGUAUGGGCAUUCAUGCUUGUCUCACUACUGCUGUGUCCCUCAUAUACAAUUAAUGUUGAUCUAGUUUUAACCAAUGUAGGUCCUUUGUAAACCUUACAAUAACUUUGUUUUGCUACUUUUUUAUCCAGGAAAAAAAAAAAAAAAUUACUUUUAUUUAUUUGGAAAUUUAUCUGUUUUGGUUUCAUAACCAAAAUUAGAGGCCGGCUAAACAAAAAUGAGGAAAAAAAAAUGCAAAAUGAUAGCUUUAAAAUGCUGCUCUUGUUACAUGUAUUUCUCAAAUGUCAGUAAAUA